CAAAGAGAGGACCGCGGCAGAGCAGCCGGGGGGGAAAAGGCGCCGGCGAGACUCCGACUCCGACUGCCCGGCGACGUCCAGCCCCCUCGAGCAUGGCGAGCGGUGCCCAGUACCCCUUCCCGGGCCUCGCGCCCCUGCCCCGCUACGAGCCGCUGCGGGAAGAGCAAGGCCGGUCGCCCCUCGAGGCCGCCGCCGCCGCCACCACCACCACCGUGGUCCACCUGGGGCCCCCGCGGGCCUACGCGCCGCCCGCCCGCGACCACAUCGUCUGGUCCCUCUGCACCACCCUCUACUGCAACGCCUGCUGCCUCGGGGUCAUGGCCCUGGCCUUCUCCGUCAAGGCACGGGAUCGCAAAAUGGUCGGUGACCAUAAUGGUGCCAGCAGCUACGGCUCCACUUCCAGGUGCCUGAAUAUCACAGCCCUGAUGCUGAGUCUCCUGUUCAUCACCAUAGCCCUGCUGUUUGCUACAGGGGUUAUUGCUGCUUGAAACCUACGCGGGAGAAUCUACAGUGGCUAUUGAACCAUGCUGCAGUGUGAUUUCCCUUUCAAACCCUUGUCUUCUUUCCGCACAGGCGUCUACUUGGCCAACUCUUGUUUCUGUUUCUUGUUGAGGACCUUGCUUAGAGUCCACAGUGGUUAUUCUAAAGAAUCUGCAUUAUCCAUAGAAAAGCUUCUGUGUUUUCUAAGAGGGAGGUGUUCAUUUCAAGAGCUGGCUUCAUGCUGAGAACUGUACCAUUAUAGAGUUGGAUUUUUUAAAAAACACUUCCUGUGGCCUAGUGGCCCUUUCCCCCACCUGAGAUACUAUUUUUCUAUUGAAUGUAACCAUCCUGUCUCCUUUUUAACUGAAUGUAACCCAUUCAAGAGGUCCUUCUGUGGCUCAGUAGUGGGUUAAUGAUGAGAUCAUUGCACAUAAAAUUCCUCUGAGAAGACAGAUACUUUUUCAGACCCUGCUUCCUGCUGUAAGGAAAGCAGAUUUUAUGCUUCAUAUUUUCCUAUUUCUCUGUAGUAAAAAUAAUACCUAUUUAGCUCUCCUGAAUGAGGAGGUUUGGGCAGUGCUAUGCUAAUAAAUUGUUUUAUAAAUAUAUCA